UGGGCACGCUGGCGAAGAUGUGGCGCGACGAGGGCUUGGCUGGGUACAUGCGCGGAAACGGCACGAACGUGGUGCGGAUAGUGCCGUAUAGUGCAGUGCAGUUUGCGACAUAUGAGCAGCUCAAGAAGAUGCUGAUGGAGGAGGGCAAGACGGAGCUCGAUACGCCGCGGCGACUGACUGCGGGCGCCGGUGCUGGCAUUGCCUCGGUGGCGGCGACCUACCCGCUGGACAUUGUGCGCACGCGGAUCAGCGUGCAGACGGCCCAGGCUCUGGCCAACAUCGACAAGCUGCCCAAGGACGCGCGCGGCCGGCCAGUGAUCCCCAAGAUGCCCGGCAUCUGGAAGACCUUUGUCGAGAUCUACACCAAGGAGGGCGGUCUGCGUGCAACGUACCGUGGAUUCGGUGCGACCUUGGCCGGUGUUGCUCCGUACAUUGCGCUGAACUUCCAGUGCUACGAGGUGCUGCGCAAGUUCUUCACGCCUGAGGGCGAGAGCGCGCCGUCGGGUCUGCGCAAGCUGGUCUGUGGUGCUCUGGCUGGCUGCUGUGCGCAGACUAUCACGUAUCCGUUCGAUGUGCUGCGUCGCCGCAUGCAGGUCACAUCUAUGUCGGGCAUCAACUACCGGUACUCCAGCACCUGGGAUGCCGUCAAGCAGAUGAUCAAGUCUGAGGGCGUGCUGGGCUUCUACCGUGGCCUGGUGCCCAACUACCUGAAGGUUGCGCCUGCUAUUGGCGUUAGCUUCUGGUCGUACGAGCUGUGCAAGGAUGCGCUCAAGUCGUGGUAGGACGCUACAUAGUCGUAUUCUUUUUCUUGGAUUGAUGGACGUGGAAGGAGCUGGCGCGGAUGCUGCUAUGUGCAGCAGUCUUUUUGCCACCUCCUCUCCGCCCUUUAUACGCUUCUGGUUUUCUUCUGUAACCCCCAUUUCCGUUACCAGAUUCA